AUGCGUUUCUCCGCCGCCACCGUCUUCGCCCUGGUCUCCCUGGUUGCCGCCCAGGACGCUUCCUCCACCACCCCCGCCGUCCCCGGCGCCUCCCAGGUCAGCUCCCUCAUCGGCUCCGCCUCCAGCGCCAUCGCCUCUGAGGCCUCCUCCAUCCUGAGCGGCGCCUCUUCCGCCGCCGGCGCCGCCUCCUCGGCCAUCGCCUCCAUCACCUCCUCCGCUGGCGCCGAGGCCUCUUCCCUGAGCGAGGCCCUCACCUCCGCCACCGACGCCGCCGGCUCCGCCUCCAUCUCCUCCAAGAUCGCUUCCGUCUCCAGCAAGGCUGCCUCCGCCGCCUCCAGCGUCGCCUCCGCCCAGAGCACCUCUGCUCCUGGCGCUGCCCCCGCCCAGACUGCUGCCGUUGCCCUCGGUGCCCUCUUCGGUGGUGCUGCUCUCGUUGCCAACUUGUAA